AUGUUUCCUGUACCUUCUUCUUCUGGACAUCCUCAUCCUUGGCUGCAAGUAUCACGACCGGUUCAGCCUGAGUUGAUUUCAUUUUGGGAUUCUGCUGAUCUUCACAACAAUCUGAGGAGCUUGAAAGAAACUCUUAGUCUGCUGAAAGCAGUGUAUGAUCCAUCUUCUUUCAAGGCUGAUGUCAGUUUUUUCGUUUAUUCUAGUUUUGAAUAAAAAUUUGGUUCAUAUUCAUUUUUUUAUUAUCUUGUAAUUAUGAUCAACACCAUUUCCUUUGACAGGAAGAAAGAACUAGACACACUACUUCUAGUAAGAACAUCCGGAGGCCUUGAUGAUCUAUCUGGCAGCCUUUCUAAUCAGACAGACGCUGUUGCAUAUUCUGGCAAUGCAGAGAUUGUUCAGGAAUUCAUUGAAUCCAUCAAAGAGAAGAGAACGGAUUUAAAUCUGCAGGAGUCUCUUUCACAGGAAGCUGCAAAUUCCUUGAUCAGAAUUCUUAGAGUGCAGCUUGAACAUCUUCGUAUAAUUUCCUCUGAGAAAAGUUCCUGGGAAGAAAGAUCAGUGGCUUCCAGGUUAGCUCAGAGGCUUCAGAAGUAUCAGCGGAAUAAACGAUGGAGAAAGAAAAGAAGAAAACUUGUUGCAGAAAAGAUUUCCAAGGUUCGCCAGAUUGUGAAUAAGAAUGCAAAUUUUAUGAUGACAAGAAAGAUUUCCUGAUUUUUUUAUGCCAUUAUCUGCAUCUCAGCAUUUCAUUACACUUAUGGUUUUUAUUAACCAUCUUUUGGGUUUCCAUGUAACAGGAAAGUGAAAUGUUUGACAAAGCUGAUAAAGAGGUUGAUGAGUGGAGAGCCAGAGAGAUUGCCAAGGAUAUUGCAAAACGCAAGGUAUUGAAGCGCUCGUAUUUGCUGCGUGUGCGAUGACUAACCUAUCAGGGUGCUUCCAUCUCGUUCUUAAUGCGAAAUGCAAUUUAUCUUUAUUUCAUAUUUUUAAUUGAUUUAAUAAUUUAUUCAAAAACGCACGAGAUCUUUUGUAUCAGAGAGAAAUCUGACUUUUGUCAAUUUUAGAGGCAUGGUAGAUGUUGCGAUGCAUGAUCCUCACAGAGUAGAUGUCUUUUCCUGACAAUGAUUUGUUCCAGUUAAAUCGAUAUUAUUCCAGUAAAAUGCAAAACCAUAUAUCUGAUUGGUUUCUCCACUCUGGUCUUCACGACAUUGAUUUUAACCAACACCCUCAUUUAUUCAGAGUGGGCAUUUCAUGCUUCUCUAUGUAAUCUAUUAUGUUCUUCAUAAUGUUGACUGCAUUUGACUGGUUUUCUAGUCACAGUCCUUGCAUUUUGUUUUAUUUGAAUGGGAAGGUUUUAUAUUAUUUGUUUUGCUUUGAUGCCAAUUUUUUAUCCGAAGCUAUGAAACGUGUGGAGAUGACAUGAGUUUAUCAGAAGUCAGCUUCUUGCAUGAACUUUGCACACUUUUUAUGAAUCCUUCUUGAAGUAAUGCUCUACAAGACAGUCGAUUAUAAUCUAUCCAUUGAAGCUACAACAUUUUCUCGUGGUUGGGGGUGUUUACUCCCAGCCUUACCCCUACUUAGCUCAAAAAUAUAUAGGUAUAUACACAUAUAUAUAUAUAUAGUUUAAAUCAUAGAAAGCUGGAUUAAUUAAUCGAGCUUGAACCCAGGUUGGGGCCCGCCAGCCCUACUCAUGGGUUGUUUGUGAAUGAGAGAGAUUGUUUAAUCCAAUAUGAAUUAAAUCAAAGAGGCGGUUACUUGCUUGACUAAUUGAGCAGCACUCUGAGUUCUGAAUGGUAAUCAAAACCGAGAAGAGGAAACAUCUGAUGAAUUCGUAUCAUAAAGAUGAUUUAUUAGAACAUCUGCUGCUUGAUUUACCAGCGUAUAAGUUCAAAACUACGAACAAAAGUCAUCACGUAGUUACCUAAUAACCCAUUUCUUGUGUUAUUUGUCACCAAGAACAUCUGUGACGACCUGAGAAUUUGACUCUAUAUUAACGAAAGAAGUAUCAAGGUUUUGGGGUUCUUGUAAGUGGUUCAAGAGUGAUCUGCUGGACUAGUAGGGAACAUAUCAAAAUCAUUGUUGGUUUUCUCGUAGGUGAUUCUUUUUUUAUUUACAUUUUUAUUCUUGCAACGUGUAGAGAAUUAUAUUUGGGAUAGAACGUAGGUUUUCAGUGCUACUUUUUUAUGAUUUUUCUGUUCUGAAACUAGUUUUAAUCAGCAUACUCUUUAGUUCUUUAUUUUCAUGGUUUUGUGUUGCAUAUCUAAUUAUAGAAUCUGACAUUCAUUACGUUCCUUCGCGAUUCAUAUAGUUAUUCCUGGCUGUAGAUUCUGGUAUUUUUCUUCAAGGAUGAAUGAAUUGUGGAUUUCAGGUGGAGAAGAUGAAGGUGAUUGCAAAGCUUAAAGACAAAGCGGAGAGGAAAAAGCUGGAGUCUGAGGUGAUAAUUUUUAAUUUUUUUUUAAUGUACUACCUAUCAAUCCCUCAGUACUGACCUCGGAAUUACUUGCGACAUUUACCCUCUUACUCUUUGCCUUCUUUUUCGGUGCACAAAAUAAACUAUUAAUAUUUAACCAUUUCCUACGUGGUUCGAGUUUCGAUUCUGUAUCUCUUUGCCCUGAUUAUUUAUUUUAAUCAUGUGUGACAUUGUUCUUAGAAUGAUCUCUCUGUUACCAGAACUGUCGGAACCGACUCAAAAUUGCAGUCUUCCAACUGUCUGCUUGCCUGGCGAUGUCCAUUUUUUAUUGGUGUCUGUUAUGGGUAGUCAGGAACUUCCUUUGGGAUAAGAAUAAUGAAGCUCGUUAUACCUCAAAAAAUAAACUUAUUAUUAAUCCAUAUUUUGAAACAUUUUCCUUGAUUUUUUUUGUUAAGGAAUGCUAAAAAAAAUGCCUUUAUUCAUUUCUCUUUAUUCUACGGCUAAACUGUGCUUAUUCUUCCAGCUUGAACUUAUCUUAGUUGUUGAGAAGUUGCAAGAGCUUCGAUCCAUCAGAAUACAGAAAUUGAAGAAGCAAGGCAAGACUUCUCUUUUUUUUUGUUAUUUUCAAGUAAAUGCAGUCACCAAUUAUACCAAACAACAAGUCGGCUGCAUAAAGAAUACUUAAAUAAAUAAAUAAAUAGAUAAAUAUUUGAGAAAAAAAUUAUAACCGGAUAAAGGAUACUAGUGAAAUUCCCCUCUGCCUUUGUUUCAUAUUAAGGAGACUGGUUUUUUGCCAAGAAAUCAAAUUGGGAAUCUCUUGCAGAAUGAGAUCAGGCUCAUUGACUUAAGAGAAACCUCUGAUCUAGUACCUCGCUCAGUUGAUACUAGUUGGUUUCUAAAAAGAAGUAUUUGCAGGCCAUUUUUUCCCUGAUGAGGAUGACAAGUUUCUUGAGAGAGUUCGAGUUGCUGUGGAAGAAGAAGAGCGCCAGGCAGUAGUUGCAGCUGAGACACGUGCUGCUAAAGAUGCGAUUGCCACUGCUGAGGAAACUAGGAAAGCCACCGACAGCAGGGAUAGUCAUGUUGCUGUACAUGAUGACCAUAGAAUCAAUUCACCCUCGACAUCUGAAGAUCAGAAACCCGUGAUGAAGGAUGAUGGAAACUUGGCAAGGACAACUCUGAAUUCUGAGAGGCAAGAUUCAUACAAACCAGGCCAUGAGUACAGCUAUGACUCUGUGGCGAGCUUGCCUUUUGAGUUCUACCACUAUUAUCAUGGCAGUAAUAAUGAUCUGGGCACCCUAAUUGAGGUAAGUUCAUUGAACCCUAGUUUUGCAUCUUUUCUUCAUCUUCUUCUCUAUCAUCUUCCACUUUCUUUCCAUGAUGGGAACAUUUGGGUUUCCUCCAUGCAAAUGAGUUUUUAGGCCAAGAUGCGUUUUUGGAUCAAUAACUUGAACCCUAGUCUUGCUUCUUUUCUUCUUCUUCUUCUCUAUUAUCUUUCAGUUUCUCUCCACGACUGGAACAUUUGGGUUUCUUCCAUGCGAAUGAAUUUUUAUACUAAAAUGUGUUUUUGGACCAAUAAGUUGCUUUAUCGGCGUGCUUCUGCAGGUCAGGCGAAAUUGGGAUGCUUACAUCAAACCUGGUGGAAGGUCUGCAUCUUCGUGCUUUCCUCUUCUGCUCUCAAAUCAAGAACAUCUUUCGUACACCUUUUUCAUGAAAUCCACCAUGAGAUCUGCUUCCACGCCCGUGGUGGUUUCUCACGACGAUCACUUGGGCUUCUCUCUGACCUUCCAAUUGGGCUUUUUUGUUGAUCCAGUCGGAUACCUGGGCACUGGGUUCAGCCUCCGCCGCCUUCUGAUGAGGUCUGGGCAUCCUACCUGGUAAACCGCGGUACUCGCUGA